UGCAUCAUGUUUAGUGUUUACCUAACCUUAAUGUAAAUCGAAAACUUUAAUUUAGUUCGUUUGGCUUAAUAUCAUAAAUAACAUGAAUAAAAAGUUAUGACUAUUCGAAAGUUUCAAACAAAAGCUAAUUUCUUGAUAAAACGAUUUUUUAACACAUCAAAAAUGGCCAAUAGUAAAUUUGAAUAUGUACGAGAAUUCGAGAAUGAAGAUAAAAUUAUGCCGAAUUGUUGGGUAGUCGUGAGAAUUGAUGGAAAAGGUUUUCAUAAAUUUUCAAAACUUCACAAUUUCGAUAAACCAAAUGAUGUACGUGCACUAGAAUUGAUGAACUAUGCAGCUAUUGAUGUGAUGAACGAAUUUCGAGAUAUUGUUAUUAGUUUUGGACAAAGUGAUGAAUAUUCUUUUGUAUUUCAUAAAGGUGCUCUUCUUUAUAAUCGAAGACACAGUAAAAUUUUAACUUAUGUUAAUAGUUUAUUUAGUUCAUCGUAUGUUUUUAACUGGAGUCAAUUUUUCCCAUCUGAAAAACUACAGUAUCCUCCAUCAUUUGAUGCAAGAAUCAUCCUAUAUCCAUCUGAUGAAAAUUUAAAAGAUUAUUUAAGCUGGAGGCAAGCUGAUGUCCAUAUAAAUAAUUUAUAUAAUACUACAUUUUGGAAUUUGAUUUUAAAAGGUGGACUAACGAAUAAUGAGGCCGAAAAAAGAUUAAGUGGUACAUUAUCAUCGGAUAAAAACGAAAUAUUAUUUUCUGAAUUUGGUAUCAAUUAUAAUAACGAAUCGCCAAUGUUUCGUAAAGGUACAAUUUUACUACGAAAAAAGGUAAAAAAUCCAAACAACAACGGACGAUAUAAUUGUGUGAUAUAUCCCUUCUUUGAAGAUUUAAUACAAAAUAAAUUUUGGAAAACGCAUACUGAAAUAUUUGAUUAUAAGAGUGCUGUUCCAACAUACGAUCCAACUGAAAAAUUACCUGAUAUUGUUGAACAACAAUUACGUGAACUUGAUAGAAAAAGUCAGAAAACGUAAGAGGUUGAACAAUUCUGGGCUUAUUUAAAGUUUUACUAAGCUCGAAAAUAGCUACUAGGAAUAUGAGUGUAUCCAGCUUUUAGCUCAAAGGGAGGGAAUGGUGUAAAACAGGAAUUUUUGGUCUAAAUACAUUCGAAGAUUCCAAGAGAUAAUAUCAUAAAUACUUGGUAUAUUCAACUUGCUUCAAUACUAGAGUGUGGAAAUGAAUGCAGGGAUGUCAAUUUAAGUAGCGACCGAAAGACUGAGAAAAAUUUUCUACAAUAAAAAAUCAUUUAAAAAAUAAUUACAAAUAAUUGGGAACGUAAUGAAAAUUGUGGUUUACGAUUAGCUCAUCGUUAAGAAUGAUAGAAAAUAAUUUCAACAGCAUAAAACAAUGUCAUAAACCAGUAAUUAUCAUGUACGAAGAAAAUAAAGUGAAAAAAACGGCAAUACCAACGAAAUGCACCCCUUACACGAGUAUUGUCACAUAUUAGUAAUUCAAUCUUAAUAACUAAAUAUUCGUGAUCAUAAACCCACGACUUCUACUUAACUAGCCAACAAAAUUCUAGUAAUUUUUAGAAAUUAAGAAAUAUUCUGAAAUUGAUUCCUCUGGAUGUGGAGAAUACACAUACAUCUCAUCAACCACACCAAACUAAAGCAACCCAAUUAAGAACAUUCCAGAAAAUAAAACUUCAACCUGAACAUGUGUAUACUAGGAUUGAUUUUUAUUUUUAUAUAGUAUUUACAUAAUAAUUUUUUUAAACUUAAAUAAUACUUAAU